AUUUCGGAAGUGUUUGGAGUUGUGAGUGAGGAUUUUUCGGUUGUAGUUUGAAUCGACUAUGCGAGCUUCAUGGGCAGAUUUAGCUGCAAAUUCUGCAGCUGAGAAUGUAGGUUCUGGAUCUUCUGCUAACAGCGCUGCCGGUGGCGCUCCCGCUGCUGGGGCUGCGUCUCGGUCCACCUAUGUCCCGCCGCACCUUCGGAACCGUCCUCCGCCUUCGUUGGAUGCACCUGCUCCGGCAUUUAAUGCACCUGCGGGGAAUGAUCGUGGCGGGUAUGGUGGUGGAUCUCGUUGGGGUGGUGGUGGUGGUCGGGGGUAUGGAGGGAGUGCUGGUGGUGGAGGUGGAGGCCGCAGUGGUUGGGGUGGAAGCCGCGGUGGUUGGGGUGGCGGGAGGGACAGGGAAGUGAAUCCCUUUGAAGAUGAUGACGAAACAGAGGUGCCGUUUAGUGAGCAGGAGAACAGUGGCAUUAACUUUGAUGCCUAUGAAGACAUUCCUGUUGAGACUAGUGGUGACAAUGUUCCACCCCCUGUGAAUACAUUUGCAGAGAUUGACUUGGGUGACGCACUUAAUAAAAAUAUUCAGAGGUGCAAAUAUGUGAAACCGACACCUGUGCAGCGGCACGCCAUUCCGAUCUCCCUUGCUGGUCGGGACUUGAUGGCAUGUGCCCAAACGGGUUCUGGAAAGACAGCUGCUUUCUGUUUCCCUAUCAUUAGUGGAAUUAUGAAGGGACAACCUCCACAGAGACCGCCCCGUUCUCAUACAGCCUGCCCACUUGCUCUCAUUUUAUCUCCUACUAGGGAGCUUUCUUCUCAAAUACACGAGGAAGCUAAGAAAUUUUCAUAUCAAACUGGUGUCAGAGCUGUUGUUGCUUAUGGAGGAGCUCCAAUUCAUCAACAGCUGCGCGAACUGGAAAGAGGUGUUGAUAUUCUUGUGGCAACUCCUGGAAGAUUGGUGGAUUUGCUGGAAAGAGCUAGAGUCUCAUUGCAGAAUAUUAGGUAUUUAGCUCUUGAUGAGGCUGAUCGAAUGCUGGACAUGGGGUUUGAACCACAAAUAAGGAAAAUUGUGGAACAGAUGGACAUGCCUCCACCAGGUGUGCGACAAACUAUGCUGUUCAGUGCCACUUUUCCUAAAGAAAUACAGAGACUGGCCUCUGAUUUUCUUGCAAAGUAUAUCUUUCUGGCUGUCGGAAGGGUGGGUUCUAGUACUGAUUUGAUUGUCCAACGAGUGGAAUUUGUUCACGAGUCUGAUAAAAGAAGUCACCUCAUGGACCUUCUGCAUGCUCAAAGGGCCAAUGGUACACAGGGAAAGCAAGCUCUGACAUUAGUUUUUGUGGAGACAAAGAAGGGAGCUGAUUCCCUGGAACACUGGUUGUGUAUGAACGGUUUUCCUGCGACUACUAUUCAUGGUGACAGAACACAGCAGGAAAGAGAACAAGCAUUGAGGUCUUUUAAGAGCGGCAAUACUCCAAUUUUGGUGGCUACUGAUGUUGCUGCACGUGGGCUUGAUAUUCCUCACGUUGCUCAUGUUGUCAACUUUGAUCUUCCAAAUGACAUUGAUGAUUAUGUUCACCGCAUUGGUCGUACUGGUCGAGCUGGGAAAUCUGGUCUAGCUACUGCCUUUUUUAAUGAGAACAAUUCAUCACUGGCCAAGUCUCUAGCAGAUUUGAUGACAGAAUCAAAUCAAGAAGUACCUGCUUGGUUGUCACGGUAUGCAGCUCGAUCUUCUUAUGGUGGUGGGAGGAACCGCCGUUCUGGGGGAGGCCGGUUUGGUGGCCGUGACUUCCGAAGGGAUUCCUAUAGUGGUGGAGGAGGAGGUGGCGGAUAUGGCGGUUCUGGUGGGUAUAAUGCAGGAGGAGGAUAUGGUGGUUCUGGUGGUUAUAGUGGAGGAGGAGGUUAUGGUGGUCCUGGGGUAACCAGUGCAUGGGACUAACGGCCUAACUCUCAAGAGCAGUUACAGUGUCUAGGUAAUGAUUGCAGAUGUUCCUUCUCUACAGUGUCAUAUUUUUGUUUUUGUGAUGUCGUUUUAUAGUGGUUUAAGCCAUGAAUGUUUUAUACUGUUAGAAAUACUCUGACAAUGUUUUGAAGGAGGGGGUCAUAUGUUUGGUAUUGAUGCCACAGGAAUAGGUCUGUAAUGUUGGUAGGUGUUGAUUAAAAGUACUAACAGAUUAGGGAUUCCUUUGGCUUAUUUUUCUGUACGAUUAUACUCUGGCUUGUUAUUUGGAUGGGUUGUAGAGUAUGUAGUGAGAGAGGUGGAGAGAGGUUUCUUUU